CGAGAGAGAGAGAGUUCGAAGGCAGGGACGAAGGGUAAGAGCGUUGGACUGGUUUCACGAGGCAAAAAGUUCCAAGAGGUCCUGUCACGGCUUACCUUCACUCUGCACCGUCAACCCGACCAUGAAGGACGGAUGACACCUCAUAGACCUUGACCAGUCGCAUGGCUGAACUGACCGGAGGUGAUAAAUGUUCACUCCAACUUUGUUUCCCGAGUUUGAUUGGAAUAUGUGAACGCCAGCAGGAUGAAGGCAGCGGCGUGGAGUUUUCUCCUCCUGUACGUGUGCGAGRGCAUGCAAACCGUGUCCGUGGCCGGGGUCCAAGGCUCAGCAGUUGCCCCAACGGACACAACAGCUUCCACAUGCUCUACUCCUGUUACCCCCACGGACGACGAGACCACUGGACUGGUGGAUUGGCUGACGAGGUAUGGCUACCUCCCGCCCUCGGACCCCUCCACUGGACAGCUACAAGCCUGGACAGCUGUCACUCAUGCUGUUAGCGCCAUGCAAAGGUUUGCAGGCCUAGAGGAGACAGGAGUUGCAYAUGAGGAGACGCUGGCUCUGAUGCGAGCCCCGCGAUGUUCACUGCCAGACAAAGGGGAGGAGCCCAAACCACUGGCCAAUCAGCUCCAGGAGGGGCAGGGCCUGAGGAGAAAGAGGGCUGUGACAACAUGGACACGAAGGAACAUCAACUGGAGGUUGCGUUCAUACCCCACCUCCUCCUCCCUCUCCCGCGAGACGAUUCGCUCUCUGGUGUUCUACGCCCUGAGGGUGUGGGAGGAGCCAACCCCGCUGGAGUUCCACGAGGUGGGAGGCCCAGAAGGGGCAGAUCUGCAGGUGGACUUCCUCCACGGUUUCCAUGGUGACGGCUACCCCUUCGAUGGUGCAGGAGGAGCUGUUGGCCACGCCUUCUUCCCUUCUGACCUCACCAGAGCGGGCGGUGUACACCUAGAUGCCGAGGAGGAGUGGGUGUUCCGCCAGCCAGCCUCUGAGGGAACGGACUUGUUCACCGUGCUGGUGCAUGAAUUUGGCCACGCCCUGGGUUUGUCCCACUCGUCUGCCAGGCGCUCUGUGAUGAGACCUUACUACCAGGGCCCCGUAGGAGACCCUCUCAACUACCGUCUGGGCCCCAACGACCUGGAGCUCAUCACCAGGCUCUAUGGUAAUAGAAAUCAACUCAUGGUCACAGACGUUCCUCGGUUGGUUCAUGAAACUCAGCUGCAGCAUCGCGACGGACACGGACACCGACACAGACACAGCCAUUCCGUAGACCGCUGUAACACUAGCUUUGAUGCAGUGGCCAAAGAUUAGGGAGAGACGUUCUUCUUUAAAGGUGGUGUGGUGUAGGUCGUCUCCCUAAUGGUUGGACUAUUUUCCCCUAGCCUCCUGUUUUAAACUACGGGCAUGAUCGCCCCUGGUGGAUGUACCCACACUGCAGGAC